UUCUGGCAUUUGUAUAGCACGAGCGUUAGUGGGACGUUGUAUUGGAUAGCUAUACGAUCAUGAUUGCCCGGUCAUAUUAAUAAUUGCCUCCUACUUACAUCUAAUUACAAACAGUUUCCUUAUUAUCAAUUUUUGUCAAGGCUCGCGUGUUAUGUUCACAAAGCUGUUUGUAAUUCAGUGUUAGUGCGUCGGUUCAAUUGCGAUUAACGUCGAUAGGAAAAAUUCGGAAAGCACCGGUAAAUGUCGUCGUUUAAUAGCGGCAUACGCAUAACGCAUAAACGCAACAACAGUUCGAGCAAAAACGCAAGAGAUGAAUAUUUGUAAUUGACUUACCUCCCAGCCCAAUAACUGAUACUAGGUAAAACUGUUGUCAUGGCGUGUACCUGUGAGGUAAUAGGGCUCGCUUGCGUCGUGGCCCUAAUUUUGAGCAUUGCGGCCAAAGCGCCGUAUCAGAUGAGGAUGUUUAUUGUGCUGUUUGGAGCCGGCGCGAUUGUAACUCUGUGCAUUCCCUUCAUGAUCCUGCGGCCGAGGGACUACAGAAAUGGGCUUAUACCAUCCUGGUGCUUCGUUCAGCUGUGCCGGCUAAUGGGUAUCACCAUGGAAGUGCGCGGUGUGGAGAACGUUAAAAAGGAGCAUGGGAGUGUUGUGCUUAUGAACCAUCAAAGCGCUUUGGACUUGUGCGUGCUGUCUCAUCUUUGGCCGGUGAUUGGACGGGCAACCGUGGUGGCCAAAAAGGAAAUUCUUUACAUGCCCUUCUUUGGCGUUGGCGCCUGGCUCUGGGGCACUUUGUAUAUUAACAGAUCGCGGAAGAGCGAUUCUAUUAAUUCCUUGCAAAAGGAGGCGAUUGCUAUACGAGAGCAAAACUGCAAGAUAUUAGUCUUUCCGGAGGGCACGCGUAAUUCCAAAGAGACAUUACUGCCGUUCAAAAAAGGCUCAUUUCACAUUGCGCUUCAAAGCAAGUGCACAAUACAGCCGGUAGUCGUAUCGAAAUACUCGUUUUUUGAUGAGAAGAAGAAAAGCUUUCGGCCAGGACACGUUGUAAUUCAAAUACUGCCUGAGAUAUCGACGGAUGGCUAUGAUAAGGAAAAUAUGGACAAGCUUAUCGAACAUUGCCGCUCGACCAUGCAGCAGGAAUACACGAGGAUGAGUAAAGAUGCCCUAUCUGUGAACUCAAAAAAACAGUUAUAAAAAAUAUAUUUUAGUAUAAGCUCAGGUUACACACAUUACCGGUAUUUUUACAGAUCGAAACAAUAUACUUAAUUUUCUGAAUAUCAAAGAUGUGUAAAUAUAUAGCAGAUUUCUAUUAAUAUUUAAUGAAUAAGUUAAAUGAAUAACAUGAAUAACAUUUUCUCUUUUGAAUAA